AUGCGAGACUCUUGGAAUUUGGUGACGAUCAUAGCGUUGAGCAGAUGCAGGAAAUUGCGAGUGAAUGCCACGACGAAAUUUGUGUUGUCACUGUGCGUGACCGAUUUGAUUUUCUGCGGAUUCAACCUGCCACUGACCGCUGUUCGGUACAUCAGAGAAGAAUGGAUUUUUGGCGAAACCCUGUGCACUUUGUUCCCGUUCUUCUUCUACAGCAACGUGUCCGCCAGCUUGUUGUGCAUGGUUGCCAUCACGGUAAAUAGGUACAUUUUAAUUUCUCGCCAGCACUUGUACGACAAGGUGUUCCGACCCCUGCACGUGUACCUCAUGGUGGCCAGCACGUGGCUCAUCAGCUUCGGCAUGAUGGCGCCGCCCUUGUUCGGCUGGUGGGGUCGACUCGGACUCGACCCCCCGACCUUUUCCUGCACCAUCCUCAAGAAAAACGGCAGGUCGCCCAAGAGCAUGUUGUUCAUCGUGGGCUUCCUCAUACCGUGUCUGGUCAUCGUCGCCUCGUACGGCAGCAUCUUGUAUCGUGUUCGCAAGAGCCACCACAACUCCAUGGGAUCCUCCAGUCGGAAACGGAAAUCGGAAGAAUGGCGGCUGACGAAGAUGAUGAUCGCAAUUUUCUGCGCAUUCCUGGGUUGCUUCCUUCCGCUAAUGAUCGUCAACGUCGCUGACGACCACGUGACAGUGCCCUGGAUUCACGUGAUCGCCUCAGUGCUGGCCUGGGGCUCGUCCGUCAUCAACCCGUUCAUCUACGCCUUCAGCAACCGACAGUACCGUAACGCGUUCCAAAAGCUGCUGUGUCCCCACUGGCCCGUCAUAUUGGGCGGUUCCGGCGGCGGCGGAGGCGGCUGUGGUGGCGGCGGUCCCGGCGCCACCAACAACCGCCCCUCGCACACCCCGUCUCAGUCCGGACGCACGCUCAUGACCGAGUGCAUAGGACAGCACCAGAUCCUGACGAUGGCACCGACGACGAAUUCCACGACACCGACGACGUCGAUAGUUGGGACGACGACACCGAGACUGAGUGCCGUCGCAUUGGCAGCGAGGUUGCCGUCGCCGGUGAGGGAAGACGACGAGAAUCAGAGGAGUAAGUCGACGGACGAGGAACGCGACGAUGACGACGACGACGACGACGAUGAGCGGGAUCCGGCGCCGGAAGUGGCGGUUGUUUUCAGUCCUGCCAACGGAACCGUUAAUUUCGUCCACCAAAAUAAUGUACAGUACUGUAUUCAUAGU